GUCACCGGUACGAUCAAUAAUACACGAUCUGAACGUCUCUAGCGGUAGGGGUUUGCCAGGAUUUCUUUUCGUUUUUCGUACCAUCUUUUGGAUUUCUAAUAAUUCUAAUUCAGGUUUAAAAAAAAAGGGUUAUCGCCGAGGUAUGUCAGGAAAAGGGCAUUUUUGCACUCAGCUAUACUGCUGAGUAUGGCUGGGAAAGUUGGAAAUUUGAAAGCCGACCGGUUCUAGAUUGUGAAAUUUUCGAAAUAUUUGUUGAUUUGAAUUCUCUAAGAGGAGCCAUGAAGACCGCCAUCUUGUGUGCACUUAUGGCUCUCAGCGUUAUUACGCUCUCAUCCGCCGCCUCUAUCCACGAACUGGAAGGCAUGGCGGUGUUACACAGAUCACGCCGUAGCGUUAUUAAAGAGAUCCACUCCAUUUGGGUGAAUCGCCAUAAGAGAGACGUCCCGGUAGAGGACUUGGUGAAGCUGAGAGAGCGGCUCACUAGAGUGAGGCGAAGUUUGGCAAGCGGACCUCCUCGAGUCAUCAAAAUAGAGCUGAAGUUCAAAAGAGAUUGGCUCGAGCCGAUGGCGAGGAAUGACUCAGCACAAUAUCAACUAAUGGACGGAAAUGUGCUAGACGCGCUUUUCACUGAACUCAUCGGCGACACCGAGUACAUCGAGUCCAAGCUGUUGGCACUCAAGAAAUCCGAUGAUGUCAAGCCUCACGUCCUGGGUGAUAUCGAGCUGCACUUCGACAAGAAUGAGGAGGACCCGAUCAAGCACUUGCGAGAGAUAGUCCGGGAGACUGGCCGCAUCUCCAGUGAGGAGGUUUUCAAUGAUUACUUUGUCGUUUUAGAUGACGGCAAAGGGGGAUCAAAAAAGGAACCCAUUAAAGCAGACAAGCCAGCUACUGAGGCAGUUACCCUGCCAGUCAACCCCGCUAAACCAAGCCAUCCCAACGAUGAGGAGUUUACAUUCGACAUUCAUCUUAACCGACCAUGGAAUCCUAAAUACCAUGACUACAAUAGCAAGACAGAGAAUCGGUUUGAGUCUCACAUCAGAAGCUUGGUGAAACUUAUUUUCGACAGUGUUCCAGGUUUUGUUAACGAUCGUGUGGCUGCAAUAACUGAAGGGCCUGACCUCCACCCAUACGUGCGCCUUAUUAUGCUGUUCAAGCCUGGAUCUGAUCGCCAAGCCAUUCAAGACAAGAUGCUGCAACUAGUCAAGUCUGGAAAGUUGGGGGAUGUCCUCCUCUUUACUGACUACCUAAAUGGUCCCCUUGAAGGCCAGAAACCUGCCCAGUCCGCGGGUAAUCCCGCAAGCAAACCCGCAGAGUACGACCAGUCGACUCUAGUGCGUCCAACUAAAACACACGUAUCGCAAAGCUCAGGAAAUUCAUAUACGGGACCAACAGCUGGUCCUACGGCCGCUGCUACUGCCGCGGGCACGCCGCCACAGCCUACCCAACCACAAGCCUCACAACCAACCAUGAAACCACAGGAUACUCAACAAGCGCAACAACAGACCUUGCAACCACAGGGCACCCAACAGCAGGUAACUCAGCAACAGCCUACACAACCACCACAGCUGCCGACUAUGGCACCACAGCUUACCCAGCAGGAGACCUAUCAGCCACAGGUUAACCAGGGAGUGCUUGUGGUCGAACCUACUCAAGCAGUGAGUACUCAACAACAAGUGAUUCAACCUGUAGGGCCAACCGGACCACAGGGUACCCAACAACAAGUGAUUCAACCUGUAUGGCCAACCCAACCACAGGGUACCCAACAACAAGCGAGUCAACCAAUACAACCAACCCAACCACAGGGUACUCAACAGCAGGGAACACUGCCAAUUUACCCAUCUCAACCACAGGGUACCCAACAGCAGGGAACACUGCCAAUUUACCCAUCUCAACCACAGGGUACCCAACAGCAGGGUACACAACCAAUGAAGCCAACCCAACCAUGGACCCAACCAGUUCAACCAACUAUACAACAGGGUACCCAACAGGUGUGGCCUACGCCAUCCGUACGGCCAACUAGCUCCAUCCCAUUAGGCGAUCAGCCGAAGUCUUUGAGUGGAACCGUACAACUCGACAAGACCUGGUAUCCGUUUAUUGGAGACGUUAACGGAGCAACCCACAAGAUCCUUAGCCAUGACAUUGAAGAGGCGAUCAAAGACUCAUAUGGAAACAGUCCGGUCACAGUGCGAGUCGACAGCCUCGGUCCUACAGAAAAUAAUAAGAUCCAGGCCACCUACACCGUUACCUUCCCAUCAGGCAGUGCGGCAACCCUCAAACCUAUCGAUGACGCCGUGGCUCAGGGCAACCUUGGCGGGCUUCCUGUGUCAGGAUCUCCCUUGCCAAGUGCUGCUCCAGUAUCCGUUGAUAGCCCUCAGCUAGCGUCCUACCAAGCCGCCGUGGUACCGCUACCCUCAGGAAUUCCUCGAUCGUGCGAGGAGAUCCGUUCAUCUGGGAUUGGUACUAAGGACGGCGAGUACGUGCUUUUAGCGAGACCCAACUGCCACUUGAAUGUCAUCUGUCAGAACAUGAACGACCCCCACCCCAAAGAGUACCUGGGCGGCCCAUCUCAGAAACAAUGGAUGUACUGGCAUUACGCCGUACUUGUAAAACUCUCCGCACACGAUAAACAAAAUAUUGACGACCGCGCAUGCCUGGAAAAUACAGCGGUUGGCCGACAGUUUAUCAGUAAAGUGAUGAAGGCUGGUGCUCAGCAAGGAAAUCCUUUGGUGGCGUGGAAGACGAAUGUGAAGCGCAUGAUCCAUUCCUAUCUCGGCAAGAAGCGGCGUCGAUCGCAAGACAACAUGGAUGUCACGCUAGGCACCAAAGCCAUCAAGAUAUAUAAACGGUACAGUUCCUGAUCACACUGGCUCAUUGAGGGACUCUUAGUUGGUCGAUAACCCGUAGCCGAUAGAUAAAAUUCAAUUUUUUUCUUUUAUAGAAAACAUUUUAAAGAAAAUAAACAGAUAGUGUACGAAAACGUAGGGCGCAAGAAAAUUUCAAUUACUGCAUAACCAGUGCAGGACGUGGGCGACAUGGUCAUGUAAUAGUUGACGCGUUUGAGAAGCCAACCCACCCUACCCAUACUGCUUUGCUACGUCGGCCCUUUUCUAUGCUAGCGAAAGUCAAAACAUUUGCCAAAGUCUAGACUGCUGUUGUAGUACGAAGAACUUCAAGGAGGAUUACGUUGUGAUCUGAUGUACCCUCAACUAUUUUUUAGCCUCGGUGGUUGCCCAGGCCUUUUCUCUAUUGGUUUACUUUGCUGGUUUACAACUGUCAGAGUGUCAACAAAAGCGCGCAUCGCCCUGUAAGAGAAUACAGCCUUGAUUAGCCGAAAAAGUACACAUUUUUUGUACCCUGGGUAGAGCCUCCAGACUUCUCUCGUCCAGUGACGCUCAGCCAAAAUGCCGCGACGAGCAUCACUGGACGAGACAAGUCUGGAUGCUUUGGUACAAAGGGUACCAUUUUGGAGGUUAGAUCAUGAAACAGCAACGGUACAAUGAGUUCUGGGAAGAGUGUGUUAGCCACUUUAAACUUGAAAUAGAAGAUAAUAUUAUCUUCAUAACAGUGCCAAGUCACCGUUACAUACUGAAUUCUAUCGAGACUUUAAUAUUUAGUUGUUCUUUGUCUUAGUGAUCAAUAACGUAUACACUUGCAUGGUUUGGAUGUUACCUCAGAGUUAUAUCACAGCUUUCUUCCUGUUUUCUAAUUCACGUUUUUAUUGUAAUUUGUUUUCUUUUAGAUUUAUGUUCCCUGGGCACGAAAACAAACGAACAACGCGAAUAAAACAGUUUCGUACAUCUAAAUUUAUAUUUUAGGGAUUCAGAAAACAACAGGACGGACUCUCUGCUAACGGGGCAGGGCAAACUGUCGUUCACGUUGCAAUAUACAUUAAUUCAAUUUUAAAUUACAUAAACUUGUUUCAUUAUUUUGUUAAAAUAUGAAAUGUAAUAAAUGUCGUACUAUUUCUGUA